CAUCGGUUUCUGAUAGCUGUUGUGGGCGCCACUUCGUGCUGGUGUUUAUUUGUGUGGUCGCACACGCAGUAGCUAUACGAGAGGUUUUGCCUACUGCUGUUUCACCUGGUUUCGCUUGCGAAUACUAUUACAAUAGUGCGAAGCUCUUGGUAAAGGGUCUGUUAACUGCGUCCAUCGGCGAUUUGGAUCACGACGUGCAUGGCGAUUCCCGACGAUGUUCUGCUGGCAGUGUGGGGACCAUUCGGCGCAGCUUGCUUGCUUUGCCUCUGCGUGUCGUGGGUCUACCUCUGGCGGCUGAGCCUUCGGCGUGAGCGCGAGCCCUUUGCCCUCGCAUGUGGCACCAUCUCCGUAGCCGCCAGUUUGGCGGCAGCCGCGCUUGUGCCGGCAGAUGUCUCUCUCGUGUCAGCCAUGAAAGGGGACGAUGGCACCUUUCAGCCCUGGGCGGCCAACGAGUCUGACCGGAAGGCGUUGCAGUCCGAAGUUCAGCUCGCCUAUUUCGUGCUAUAUGGACUGCUGGUGCUGCUGGCAUUCGUGGUGUUGCCAUUUGCCUACUUCUUCGCGGAGGAGAAGGAUGACACCGUCGACCGGUCAGCCUGCUCGAGGGCCAUGUCGGCUCUGAAGUACACAGUCCUCUUCCUAGUGGUGGCUGGCGUGCUGCUCACAAUUGGGGCAGUGAUUCCGCUGAGGCAGGCUCCACCGAGCAACAGCACGGAGUGGGACAAGAUCCGUUUCCUUGUGGAUGAACUGGCUGCUAGCCGUGGCGAGGACUCCCUCAGGUUCCUGCUGUCACUCUUUGUGCUGUUCGGCAUGUUCCUGCUUAUAGUCUACACGGGCUUUGGGAUGUCUGCGCUGCCCAUGCGCCUAGUGCUGGGCGAGCGCAGCGCCGCCCGGGAAGUGGCCGACGUGGGCGAGCGGCGACGCGCCCUCCGCACCCAGCUGGACUCCCUGGCUCGGCACGGAGGCGGCUCCAAUCGACAGCGCUCGGCCCGCCUUGAGGAGCAGCUGCACAGCCUGGACGAGCGUCAGCACCGCCUGGAGGAUUUUCGCGAUAGCUGCACCUACCGGCUGCGCUUCCUCAUUCGGCCACUGCAGAUUGUGUUGGGAGUGGUGUUUGCUCUGCUGGGCUUGCUGCUGUGGACAUCUCUUCUGCUCUCCAAUGUAGACAAGGCGAUGCACUCUCUGGGCUUUCACAUGGGCUACUUGCUGGAACACCCUGAACUUCCGAAUCCAUUAGACGUGACGCUUGUGUGGCUGCAGCGAUGGGGCGCCUCCAUUCUGGACUCUGCGCUCAUACUGGCUCUGCUACUGCUGCUCAUCGCCUGCUCCACGUACGGCCUGCAGCGCAUCGGCAUCUGGUGCCUCUUUCUUCAGAUGUACCGCCUGCGGAUGGGUCGGGCACGGCCGCAGGCAGUUGUGCUUCUCUGCAUGGCGCUGGUCUUCGUGGCCCUGGCUCUCAACGUUCUGCUGCACUCGGCCUGCCCUCAGUAUUCAACAUACGGCUCUCAACGUUACCAGGGCAUCAAUGGUACACAGCCCUGCGAUGCACAGGCACUUCCAGAUGACUGUGUGAUGAGCCGGGGAAGCGCCAUGCUGGAGAGCUUCUUCUUCAAGGCAUGGAUCUUUGGAGCUGCCUUCUACUGGGCCACUUGGCUGUUCAUUGGGAGUGUGGUGAUCUCGUUCCUGGUGGUAGUAAUUCGAGGACGGCAGUCCUCGGUGGAGGUGGACGCCGACGAAUUCGAGGAUGACGACGACGACGAUGAGCCCCUCAUUAGGGCCUGAAGGAAAAUGACAUGCUGCUAGUCCAGGCCAUUUAGAGCACCAUCACUGCGUUUCGAGUCUGCCGUUACGAGAGAUCGAUCUCUUUCGGCGUCUGCCAUUCGUCGUCUCCGUCAGGCUCUCAACGAGAGGCAUCGUUUACGACUUGUGGCUGAUCACCGUGCAUCGAAACUUGUGUUAUAUAGAGAUUGAUGUGUGGUAUGAGGCCACCUUUACGAGUUAUCACUAAUUGCUGUGUAUCAAGACUUGUGUGUAUAUAGCGAUUGAUGUGUGAAUUGGAGGCCACCUCCAACAAACCUCCACACUACCUGAGUUAAUUAUAGAUGUGACAGUGUGUGUAUUUGAUUUGACAAUGCCUGCUGGUCUGGUGAUUGUGUGACUUUAUUAAUGGCACGCCUUGACAGCACCUCAGCAGAUGCCCUCUGCCACGGGGUUACGUGCAAGUGUAACAUAAAUACUAGCAUGUCAUCUGGCCCAAGAUAUUUUGUCUCCUUGUAGAAAAAACUCGUCAAAAAGGUCUUGCCAAUGGAGCUGCAUCACUUUUCGUGUGUGUCAAAUGAUGAGAUUCCUUCUCUCUUUCUCUCUCUUUUUUUUUUGUUCUGGCUUUAUAAAUGUCUAUUUGAUUUUUUUUUUUAUAUCAAUUCGUACCUCAAACAAAACUUUGGCACAGUGGCACAUCCGCAAGUCACUAUCUGUAGCUAGUCACACUACGCUGCCCCAAAUUUUCUUGGUAAUUCUCCUAUAAAAUAUUGUGUUUGCUUGGAAGAGAACUAUAUCUUUGAGCCAGAUGCAUGCAGGCAAUGAAUCUUAAAAAGUUUUUAAUAGUUUUAGCAAAGGCUUUUUACUUGAACGUCACAGCUCUGCCUGUUCACAAUGUGAAUAUAUAAUGAGCGAUUGCAGCCUGAAGUUUGAUAGAACCUUAUGCUAGUGUUUCACUGAAACCCAGCUUCUUUUUUUUUUUGUUCUGGUUUAAUAAAUGUUUAUUUGAUUUUUUUCCUGUAUAUCAAUUCGUACCUCAAACAAAACUUUGGCACAGUGAAACGUCCGCAAGUCACUAUCUGUAGCUAGUCACAGUAUGCUGCUAAUGCAUGUGAUAUUACCGAGAUUUUACUACGCUGGCUUAUAUUCUCCUGCGACAUCAAUAGAGCAAUUGUGUGUGUGUUAUGAGAGAUAAACUUGUACACAAAUGAGUAAUCAUGAAAUAUGCACCGCAUUGCACACAACUAUAUAGUACUACUAUCACUUAUCUGUUGCUCUUGUUUGAUUGCUAGGAAACUCGUUUAUAGAUUACUAACAUUUUUCUUCAUCUAUUGCAGUUUUUUUUCAUACUCACUGGAAGUUACUGUAAGCUAAUUGUAUGCAUUAUAGUUCAAAUUAGUGUUGCAGUCUACAGCUUCAGAUGUUGCACAAGUUAUCAUCUUUCCAAAUCUCAAACCACUAUCCAUCUCACGCUUCGGCACUUGUGGACUUGUUCAAGCAUAUUUGCAGGCAGUUGUAGGUAUCAUCAGCUGAACUUUCCACGAGUUUGUUAUUUUUAUUAUGCGGCCAUGAUAUUUUGAAAUGGGGAGCGAAUCAAGGUGGGCCUAUUGCUAAGAGUAUUCGGAUGAGCUAGCAACGAGUCAUACUUAACACAGCUGCUCCUUGAAAUUCAGAGAAAACUGUACAUACUUAUGAACUGUGGGUUAAUUGUACGAUGGUGAAGUUCUUCUACGGACGCAUGUGUACCAAUUUUGCUUGUUUUUUGCCCUUGUGCAUGCUGCCCAAUGUUGGAAUGUAAUUAAAGCAAAUAUAACUUGAACAA